AUGGGGUUCUUGAAAAUGCGCGCGCUGGUUCUGCUCUCACAAGCGCUGGCGAUGGCGCUGGCGAUAGCGCCGGCACGAGGCGCGGUGUCACCCGACGGAACGUGCGGUUCGACGGUGGCCGGCAACUACACUUGCGACGUGGAGUUCUGCUGCAGUCAGUACGGAUACUGCGGAACCACGACGGCGUACUGCAACGCCGGAUGCCAGACGGCGUACGGGCGAUGCGGCAACGGCACCGAGGUCGCCGCGCCAGGGGAGCCGGCGCGCCCCGGCCUGGAGAUGAAAGCCUGCGUGGCCAACGGCACGUACGCGCUCACCUUCGACGACGGCCCGACGAACAUUACGGCGGUCGUCCUGAAGACGUUGGCGCGUCUGCGACUGAAGGGCGCCUUCUUCGCGGUGGGUUUGAAUUUGGAGAACACGACCGAGAACCUGGCGGCGCGCGCCGCCUUCCGAGCGGCGUAUCGCGCCGGGCACCUGGUCGCGUCGCACAGCUACGACCAUCCCCACUUCCCGACCUUGACCGUCGCGGCUAUGGAGGAGCAGCUCGACAAGACGGCCCUUCUCUUCGAGCAGCUGAUCGGCGUGAGGCCCCGCUACUUCCGAGCGCCAUACGGCGAAGUCGAUUCAGACGUCGUCGGUGUACUCGAGGGCCGAGGCUACAAUUUGAUCAACUGGAAUUUGGAUCCUCGCGAUUGGGAAUCCAGAAAUGAGACUUUGAUUCUGGAGUCGAUCGCCGAUCAGCUCGCUGUCGGAUCUCCUGCCAACGAUAGCUGGAUCGAUGUGAAGCACGACACCGUUCCGGCUACCGUCUACGGGCUGGAGAAGAUCGUUCGUCUCAUUCAGAGCAAGGGCUACAAAAUCGUUCCUUUGCCGGAAUGUGUUGGCGACACGAAGAGCCCUUACACGAGAAUCUAG